GUCCUUGUACUCGAACGUAUACAUCCAUUAUCUACACCCGACGAGUGAACUCGAACUACUGGUAACCCAGAUCCCAUCUCCCUCCGACCCUCUUCCUCCUCCUAAUCAAUCCUCGCUCCUCUUGACGAAGGAAGGGCUUCCUAACUGACACCAACGCCAUCGCCAUCGCCCGCGUCCCCGAUAAGCAUCAGGUUUACUUGACUGUGUAACCUUUUGGGCUGAGGAAUUUAAUAUUGUUCUUAUUACGGUUUCUUGGUUUCUUGAGAACGAUCAGGGCAGUAAAACCAUGAGUUCUGCAAAUGACAAUGCGGAGUGCCUUGGCUGGGCAGCAAGAGAUCCUUCUGGGCAUCUGUCUCCUUACAAAUUCAGCCGCAGGGCCAUUGGGAGUGAAGAUGUUUCACUAGAUAUCACACACUGUGGAAUUUGUUAUGCUGAUGUUGCCUGGACCAGGAACAAAGGGGGACAUUCUAAGUAUCCUCUGGUGCCUGGACACGAGAUCACUGGGGUCGUAAGACAAGUUGGCUCCCACGUUAAGCACUUCAAAGUUGGAGACCAUGUUGGAGUUGGAACUUAUGUUAAUUCUUGCAGAGAGUGUGAGUAUUGCAAUGAUGGAUUGGAAGUUCACUGCUCCAAGGGGCCAGUCCUCACUUUUGAUGGGAUAGAUGUGGACGGUACAGUGACCAAAGGAGGAUAUUCUAGUUACAUAGUAGUCCAUGAAAGGUACUGCUUUAGAGUACCUGAUAAUUACCCACUGGAACUGGCAGCACCUUUGCUAUGUGCAGGGAUAACUGUCUACACACCAAUGAUACGGCACAACAUGAACCAACCUGGAAAAACUUUGGGUGUUAUUGGGCUAGGUGGCCUAGGACACUUGGCAGUGAAAUUUGGAAAGGCUUUUGGAUUGAAAGUCACAGUGUUCAGUACAAGUUUAUCCAAGAAAGAAGAGGCAGUGAGUCGUCUGGGAGCAGACAAUUUUGUUGUCUCAUCUGAUGAACAGCAGAUGAGUGCACUAGCGAAUUCAUUGGACUUCAUUAUUGAUACUGCUUCUGGAGAUAUUCCAUUUGAUCCAUACCUUUCACUGUUGAAGACUGCUGGAGUUCUUGUUCUGGUUGGCUUCCCAAGUGAAGUAAAAUUCAGCCCGGUAACCCUAAUCCUGGGUAUGAAAACUGUAUCUGGGAGUGUAACUGGUGGAACGAAACAGACGCAAGAAAUGUUGAAUUUCUGUGCUUUGCACAAGAUCUACCCAGAGAUUGAAGUAGUUCCAAUUCAAUAUUCAAAUGAGGCUCUUGAGAGGAUGAUAAAGAAGGAUGUUAAAUAUCGUUUCGUUAUUGAUAUUGCCAACUCCCUCAAGUAAGAUGCGUCAGAUUCUGUUAUUGCAUUGAGUUGGAUUCGUUAAGCUUGAAAACUGAAGUUGCAUAUGGUAGCAGAUGCAGGGUUCAAACCUAUUAUUAUAUCCUAUGGAGUAGGGACUAUAUAUCUCCUCUAGCAUGGUCUUGACGUAGGUCCAGGCCAGAGCAGAAUACUCUUCCGUGGCAAUUGUUUCGCACAAUGAUUGUCCACUGCAAUUUCACGAGUUGUAAAUCGUUGACAGAACUUCUAACCAAUUUCAUACUACUGUAUUUCUCUUC